AUGAAGAGAAUAAAUGAAAAAGGAAUUGGUGAUAUCAUUAAUGUCAGCGAUGUAAUGAUGAAAAGAAAUUUUGACUCAUUAUUUACAAAACCGAAAACAGAAUAUAGUCUUUAUGACGUAAUUACCGAAUUAAUGAAAAAGAUUAAUGAUAAUAAGAGUUCUGGCGGAAGAGUUGAAUUAGAAGUGAAUGAUGUUAAUGAGAAAUUAGCCGAAAAAGCAGACAAAAAUGAGCUUUUAGCUCUGAGUGAUAAAGUCAAGAACCACGUUCAUUAUAUAACUUCAGAUGAACAGAUUAUAACGGACUACCAUGGAUAUUUAACACGAAGUGAUGAAGCGAAGACAAAAAAUGUUAAUGAAAGAAGAUAUAAAUACAUUCGUGCUAAAGGUUAUGACAUAAGCUGUACUGUACAGUAUGAUGUAGCUAAAGCACCAGAAGCAUUUGGUUAUUCUGGUGAAAUUUAUGCCUCUACUUUCAAUGUUAACGGUGUAUUAGUUGAACCAAGAUUUACAUUGAGAGUUAAGGCAAAAAUAACGUUUGAAGAUGCUAUUAAAAGUAAAGCUGACAAAGUUGAACUCGAAGCAAUGAACAAAGUUUUGAAAUCUCAUAAACACAAUAUCUCCGAUAUAAAUGAACUUCAAACUUCUUUAGACAGUAAAGCCGACAAGAACCAUACACAUGAAUCCUUCACUACUGUUAGAGCAGACGACAUAAUAUUGAACUAUACCCUUGGUUCAAGUGCACCUUUAGAGAAUCCAAGUACAAGCGUAAAAGAUACACUAAACAAUUUAGAUAACAGUUGCAGGAAUAUCGAAGAUCAUGCCAGAAACUUUGAAGCAUAUGAACUACCAGCAAUGUUAGAUAAGAAAGCUGACAAAGAACAUACACAUAAAUCCUUCACUACUGUUAGAGCAGACGACAUAAUAUUGAACUAUACCCUUGGUUCAAGUGCACCUUUAGAGAAUCCAAGUACAAGCGUAAAAGAUACACUAAACAAUUUAGAUAACAGUUGCAGGAAUAUCGGAGAUCAUGCCAGAAACUUUGAAGCAUAUGAACUACCAACAAUGUUAGAUAAGAAAGCAGACAAAACAGAGCUUCAAACAUUAAAGACAGAAAUACUUCAAACAUUAUAUCCUAUAGGCUCUAUUUAUACGUCAAUGAACUCAACAAAUCCAGCAACAGUUCUGGGUUUGGGUACGUGGAAGCAGAUUGUAGACAAAUUCUUAUACUGUGCUAACUCUUCAAAGCAAACAGGGGGUUCGAAGAAAAUUAAAGAAGCAAACCUUCCACCGCACACUCAUACGGGAACUACAAACACAACAGGUAAUCAUUCACAUUCAAUAACAAAAAGAGGUUAUAGAAAUCUUGCAGCAGGUUCGGAUAGACAGGGAAUGGAUAGAUAUGAUAUUUCAAGCGACCCAGUAGAUUCAAGCGCAGGUAUUUUCUGUGGAACCACAGGAAAUCAUUCACACACUUUCACAACAAAUCCAACAGGCUUGGGUAAAGAUUAUAUGCCACCAUUUGUGACUGUAUUCGCAUGGUACCGCGUUCAAUGA